AUGCUGCCUCUUCUGCUCAUCUGCCUCCUGCCCAGGGCCAGCACGGAGAACUGUCUCCUCUGCUGGCCAGACUUGCCCGCCCUGCUUGACUAUGACCUUCAGAUCCUCUGGGGCACCCCAGGGCCGCCCACAGAACUCUCCCAGAGCCUCCACUCCCUCUUCCAAGACGAUGGCAUCAUGCUCCAACCCUGGUACCUUGAUCGAGAUCUUGUAGAAGAAGAGAUAGCCAUAUUCUUCAACGAAGUAGACCAAGCCAUUGGGAAAUUUAGGGAUGACAAAACAUUACUUCUGCAAGAGAUCGAUAUGCACAAGAAUCGCUUUGCCAAGAGGCUGAACAAAAGAGCGGGGGAGCUGAGGGAGCAGGCCUGCAGUGAGCCAUGUGAUAUCAACCCUCCAAUGAAGGUCAUCCAGUGUGCCAACUGCAGGGAGCACUUCCUGUCCUGCCAAGACCCUGUCCUCUGCUCAGCCAGGAACCUUCACAGCUACAAGUGGGAUUUGAUCCUCAUGAGCUUUGGGAUCAUGCUGCCCCUGGUCACAGCUGGAGGUGGAUGUUACUUCUUCUGGCGUAAGAAGAAAGAGACAGAAGAGGGACAAGGCAGCUUUUCAGCUCCCAGAAAUGAGCCAAAAGCACCGGAAAGCUCUCAUGGGCCUGGCCAUAAGCUCCCCAUCCUGUGA